AUGUUUAAAAAUUCUCUUACUUGUGGAGUGUUAACUAUUUUGUUGAUUUCAAUGACGGUAACAGCUAGAACUGCAAAGAAUCUUGAAGAUGAUAAAUUGAGAGCAUUACGUCAACAGUUCAAUAACAUCGCGUCAAAUAUGAAAUGCAACCGGAAAAGUGUCAAACUUUUCAAAUCAUCAGAUUGCUGGCAUGUCAUGCCGAAGUACGCCUGUUCAAGAAAAAAACAAAGAAGAAACCUCGAAUACAUUAGAAGCGUGGCAAUGGAACUGGAAUCAUGCAACCCUAGUUUCACUGAACACUGGGAAAGAUCAAGGCGGAGAGCGUUAAGAGUUGCAAAAAAGAAACAUAAUCAUCGCGAGUUACACUUUUUAGCGUCCGUUCACGCGAACAUCAGAAGAAAACGGCUGAUUGGUGGUACCGAUACCACAAUCGAAGAGCAUCCCUACCAAGUGGCCAUCGAGUACGAUCGCGAGGGAAGCGAUUGCAAUGGGGCCAUAACAUCAAAAAAUUACGUUUUAACAGCUGCCCAUUGCGUGCAUAACAUAGCGGGUGGCAUAAAAAUUCGCUCUGGGUCCUCGUUCAGAGAGGAAGGUGGUACCGUUCACGACGUAAUCGACGUAAUCGUACCCGAGUCGUAUCGCACCAACGAGUUCGACAACACGGAGUCCGACAUCGGCUUGGCCCGCGUGAAUCCCCCAUUCAGCUUCAGCGACACUUGCAGGCCGAUCGAUAUAAAUAAGGAGGUGGUGUCCAGUGACUACGAACCAAAUGUGAAACCCGUUUUGACGGGCUGGGGUCACGUGGAUCAUAAAUACACCAAGCCACACCAGUUGAAGGCUUUGACGAUUCCCUGGCUCAGCAAGAGGUUGUGCAACGCGCUUUACCGGAAAUUCGGUGGUUUGUACGAAGGUCAAAUAUGUGCUGGAUACGUCGGAAUGAGCCAUAAGAAUGCGUGCCCUGGCGAUUCGGGGGCUCCUCUGGUGACGAAUGGCGUACUCGUUGGCAUUGUUAUUUACGGCGAAGGCAACUGUGGACUUCUGGACUAUCCAACUGUGUACACGGAAGUGGCUUACUUCCAUGACUGGAUAAACACUAUGAUGAACUCCACAUUACGACAAAAGCGAGAUUAUUACGCGUAUAACUGA